AUGUUUAAAUUACUCAGCCGACAUGGUCGCCGGAGUGGCGUUAUCAGUUUGUUCUGCGAAAAGAACAUUGAGGUUAGGAAAGCCAGAGUUUAUUAUUUCUAUUCAUCUGCUGGAUCAGUACGAUUUGCUUCAACUGCUGAUAUUGCAAAACCUUCAAUACCUAUAGAUAAUAUUCCAGAACCGCCACCAGUACCAGAUCCUUCGACAAUUGGUGACAUAACAGAAGCUGUUCAGUCCAUAGCUGCUAACGGUGAACCUACAUUUGCUAGCCUUGGUCUUGGAGGAUGGGGUCCAGUUGGAAUUGUACAGAAUUGUUUAGAAUAUUUACAUAUUUCUCUUGAUGUACCUUGGUGGGGGGCUAUAAUGAUUGGUACUAUAGUUGUCAGAGUAUUGAUGUUCCCCCUUGUUAUAAUGUCUCAAAGAAAUACUGCUGUUAUGAAUAAUAAUUUACCUGAAAUUCAAUUAAUUCAAUCAAAAAUGACACAGGCCCGACAGACAGGAAAUCAGUUGGAAGCUGCAAGAUACGCACAAGAAAUGAUGAUAUUUAUGAAAGAGAAAAAUUUAAAUCCUUUAAAAAAUGUGCUUGUACCAUUAGCUCAAGCACCAUUAUUUAUUUCAUUUUUUAUGGGUUUAAGAGGUAUGGCUAAUUGUCCUGUAGAAAGUAUGAUGCAUGGUGGUUUAUGGUGGUUUACAGAUUUGACUGUACCUGAUCAGUUUUUUAUUUUACCCCUUAUAACAAGUGCCACAAUGUGGGCAACAAUUGAGGUUGGUGUAGAUGGUGGACGCCUUGAUGCUCAAAAUAUGCAGCUUAUGAGAUAUUUCCUUAGAGCAAUCCCAUUAGUAAUGAUUCCAUUCACUAUAAACUUCCCUGGAGCUAUUCUUGUAUAUUGGUGUUCAACUAAUUUCAUUUCACUUGCUCAAGUAUCUUUUCUUAAGAUACCGGCUAUAAGGGAUUAUUUUAAGAUCCCAAAAUUGAUUAAACAUAAAGCAGAAAAUCUCCCAAUUAAGAAGAAAGGAUUUGUUGAAGGUGCUAAGGAAUCAUGGACAAAUAUGAAAUUAUCUAGGGACUUGGCAGACAGACAAAGAGUAGAUGAGAUGAUUUUUACAAGAGCUGGACAGGGACCUUUGCAAAAAACUUAUAAAUAUGAUCCUACUAAAGUGACAAAAAUAGAAGCUAAACCUAAG